AUGGCAAGACAUUCGCGUUCGAGGUCGAGGUCACCCCGACGCAGCCACGGGGAUAAAAGCAAGAGGGACGACGAACCACGCUCUUCACGAGCAGACGACCGCGAUGCACACAAAAGCAAAAGGCACCGGAGUCGAAGCAGGGAUGACGACAGGGAGAGAAAUACUAGUCGCAGGAAGGAGAGAAGUAGGAGUAGAGACCGUACUGAUAAAAAGCGAAAACGCAACAAGUCUGAGGAACGGAAGGCUCGUAAGGAGGAGAAGAAGAGGACAAGGGAAGAGGAAGAAGCACGACAGGUUGCUGAACUCAGUGUCUACAGUGCGACCGACAACCCCUUCCACGAUGUAAAUCUUGGGCAGCAAUUCCGUUGGCACAAGAAAGCCGAGAAGGAGCGCAAGUCGGGAUUGAGUUUGGCCGAAGCUCAGCGUAGAGAUGCCAUUCGGCGUCAGGAUGCGAAGGAGGAGUUGGAGCGGUUGAACAAGCGACGUGCUGAGCGUGAGGUGGAACAGAGGCUUCGAGAAGAGGAGGAAUUGAGGAUGCAGCGUCUACAGGAGUCGGCUCAAAUGUCCGAGUGGUUAGAGAAGGAAGAGGACUUCCAGCUGGAACAGGAGCGUGCUAGAGCAACAAUACGGAUUAAGGAGAAGAGAGCGAAGGCAAUCGACUUCCUGGCUCUCAACCUAAAGUAUGUCAAUCCGCCAGACGACGAGGAGAAGCCCGAGGAUAACGAUGAUGCCGCCUUGGAAAUCGACCUCGACGAACCGUACAAAAUCUUCGAUAAUCUAACGCCGGAGCAAAUACAAGAACUGCAUGGAGAUAUUGAUAGGUAUCUUGUACUUGAACAGUCAGAGGCCAAUCUUGACUUCUGGACGAACAUGAUGGUUGUCUGUAAAGACAGGCUUGAACGCAUCAAGAACGCUGAACGUAUGAACGUCGAGGUUUCUCUAGCUGUAGAAGCGGACAUCCAUGCCCUCUUAAAUGGCAAAUCUUACGAAGAACUUUCUUCUCUGCAACGGCAGGUUCAAGACAAACUAACGAGCGGGGAACCAGUAGACACAGAUUAUUGGGAAGGACUUCUCAAGACACUUCUGGUCUGGAAGGCAAAGGCUAAACUCAAGGCCCUCCACGAAGUCGUCGUUCGCAACCGACUGGAACAACUUCGGAAGCGACAGAGAGACGAGGCUUUACAAGCACAGGAAGAGUUGCUCGCGGGCGUAGCUAAAUCAGCAUCGUCACGAACGGAUGGUGCUUCUCACGAGAUUCUCGCGAAAGAGGUUGGGCCAGCAGAAGAAGUCGAACCCUACGACCGUUCUAUGAGUCCAGUGUUACUGGACAUCACACGACUUGCCCCAGAAGAACGACAAAUGGAUAUCAUCCUUGAAAGCGACGACCGCCGGGCUCUGUUUGACCACAGGCGUUCUGUCGCAGGCUCAAGGUUUGUGCCAAAAGCGGCGCAACCGGUUGUCGAAAUACAACCCGAAGAGACAACUAGUGGUGUCGAUCUGGCUGAAGCCUUGUACAGAGCGGAGGCAGAGCGAGAGUUGGACGAAGAAGAAGAGUUGUUCAAUCUUGAAGAAAACAUUGUCAACCCAACUUCAUAUAACUGGGAAGACAAGUACCGGCCUCGCAAACCAAGAUAUUUCAAUCGCGUGCAUACCGGUUACGAAUGGAAUAAGUAUAAUCAAACUCACUAUGAUACCGACAACCCUCCACCCAAGGUUGUUCAAGGAUACAAGUUCAACAUAUUCUACCCGGAUCUCAUCGAUAAGUCCAAAGCGCCGACCUACAGGAUCGUCAAAGAACCUGGGAAUGACGACACUGUCUUGCUCCAUUUCAGUGCAGGCCCACCCUACGAGGACAUUGCAUUCCGCAUUGUCAAUCGCGAAUGGGAGUUUUCACAUAAACGGGGUUUCCGAAGUAGUUUCGACCGGGGCUGUUUGUCUUUAUGGUUUAAUUUCCGUCGUAAUUUCUAUCUGCUUUCGUCUUUCAACCUCGUCACCCUGUCACCUCGCCACACCUUGUUGCAGAAAGUAUCCGAAAAAGGAAGGUACGUGGGCCUUUAA